AUGUAUCUAAGCGUUCUCGAAGUUGGGCCUAUUCCAUUUCUGUUAUGGACACAUUUGCUGUUUGAGUAUGCUUCUGCAGGGGCGCUUCAUGCUAGAGCAGGCGUGGCGACGGGGAGCUACGAUAUAUCCUCUCAAUCCGGGGUACGAUCGCUCUCAGAACCUACUCAGUCAAUCCCCGCCGAGACUGUUUCUAGUGAUGGCAGGAGUAAUUUCCUGACAUCGUACGCAUCUUCUGGGUCGACUCGCCCUGUAUCAACAGGGGCCGUUUCAUCACAGGGUACUAUGGGUGCUUCAACCACCGAGAGCCCUCGGUCCAUAUCUUAUUCUGACCUAGCUUCUUCCCUCUCACAAGCCACUGAAGCAACUUCCUUGUACUUGGCUUCAUCAUCGAAAGACGUGCUCGAAACGAGUGGUCUUAGCGGACCUUUGCAAACUCGAACGGCAGAUGCCAGCUCAUCUCGUCCAGAUACAACUUCUGCUCUGUCAUCCUCUCCUACUAAAAGCAUUUCAGGAGAUACGAGCACAACUCGGUCCAGCGAAACAGCUUCAGCCGAAAGCGGCGCUGAGAGCAGUCCCCUCUUCUCAAGUGAAAUAUUAAGCUCAAUGAUUCCUCAAUCCUCGGGCCACAUUAAUACUCAAACUAGUACUCAACCUACAACUCGAAGUUCAGCUGAAACUGACGUUAGCACCCAGUCAACAGAGGAGAGCCAAACUUCGUCUCCUAUAGGAAUAACUUCGGGGCAGGAGAGCUCGACCGAAGCUGGCGCUAGCGCUCAGUUAACGGAGGAGAGCCAAACUUCGUCUCCUACAAGAACAACUUCGGGGCAGGAGAGCUCGACCGAGGCUGGCGCUAGCGCUCAGUCAACGGAGGAGAGCCAAACUUCGUCUCCUACAAGAACAACGUCUGGUCAGGAGAGCUCGACCGAGGCUGGCGCUAGCGCUCAGUCAACGGAGGAGAGCCAAACUUCGUCUCCUAUAGGAAUAACUUCGGGGCAGGAGAGCUCGACCGAGGCUGGCGCUAGCGCUCAGUCAACGGAGGAGAGCCAAACUUCGUCUCCUACAAGAACAACUUCGGGGCAGGAGAGCUCGACCGAGGCUGGCGCUAGCGCUCAGUCAACGGAGGAGAGCCAAACUUCGUCUCCUAUAGGAAUAACUUCAGGACAGGAGAGCUCGACCGAGGCUGGCGCUAGCGCUCAGUCAACGGAGGAGAGCCAAACUUCGUCUCCUAUAGGAAUAACUUCGGGGCAGGAGAGCUCGACCGAGGCUGGCGCUAGCGCUCAGUCAACGGAGGAGAGCCAAACUUCGUCUCCUACAAGAACAACUUCGGGGCAGGAGAGCUCGACCGAGGCUGGCGCUAGCGCUCAGUCAACGGAGGAGAGCCAAACUUCGUCUCCUACAAGAACAACUUCGGGGCAGGAGAGCUCGACCGAGGCUGGCGCUAGCGCUCAGUCAACGGAGGAGAGCCAAACUUCGUCUCCUAUAGGAAUAACUUCAGGACAGGAGAGCUCGACCGAGGCUGGCGCUAGAGCUCAGUCAACGGAGGAGAGCCAAACUUCGUCUCCUACAAGAACAACGUCUGGUCAGGAGAGCUCGACCAAAGCUGGCACUAGUUCCCAGUCCGCACUUGGGACUUCAGUACAUUCGACCACAGGAUCGCCAUUGGGUGGCGCGAACUCUUAUUCUCAGAGCUCUUAUUCAGUGCCAAGAAGUUCUGACGAAUCUUACCCUUUGUCCCAGUAUAAUCCAUCCUCAACAAGCAUCUUUACAUCUGAACCUUAUGGUACGGCGGCAACAACUCUCUCCGAUGGCGAGCCAGAGACAAUAACAUCAAGUUUUAUUUCUGCUCGGCCUACAAGUACGGUGCCUUCCCCUUCGAUAACUACUUUUAUUUCCAGCACCACCACUGGUUCACCACUCCCCUCCGGGACUUUUAAUUCGGCCUCAACCUCACAGGUCGUGACACGAAGCCCUGAAGGGAGUUCAAUACCAGAAACUUCAAGCUCAUCAACAAUGAGUAGUACUUCCCAACCGAGUAGAUUAAGCUUUCGUACAGAAGACAUGACUACAAUGCUAGGGUUUUCAAGCGGAACUUCGGAGCACUUAUCGAGUUCUCGCACAGCAGGGGUGCCUACCGACUCAGGAUCUUCAAGCAACCCAGGCGCUUCAACAUCAAGUCCAAACGACCAGACGAGUAUCAACUCACAGCCCGUGACAGCAACUUCACCCCAGCCCUCCUAUACAAGCUUGUCCCCAACUUAUGAAUCAAGGUCCGCCCAAACCAUGACUUCCGGAGCCUUGACGAGCGUCCCUGGCGAAGUUUUGCCUUCGUCUUUGAGUGCUUCCUCUGCACCACUCACGGAGACCCCGGUGCCAGGGAGAACAGAUUUCUCGCAAGUCACAUCCUUGUAUUCCUCUGUCAUGCACUCAAACGAGAAUCCAGGUAGAUCCGGGAAUUUAGUAACCUCUUCGGCCGCUCCAGAAGUGGGCACAACAAGCAGCUUAUCAUUCAUCACAUCAGCUUAUUCUGAAAUAAGUGUUAGCUCUUCGGGACCAGCUGCUAUAUCGGCAACUCCCUCAAGAGUGCCUGGAAGUAUCUCUUCAUCUCAGACGCCUUCUCCCUCCGAGCCAGUUGUCUUAAUGACCAGCCAGAGUUCUCAAAAAUCUCAAACGACAGCGCAACCUUCUGCCGGUGUUUCUGCUUCUCAAGUAUUUUUAACGAGCUCCCUCAGUCAGAUGAGCUCUGCUAUGUCAGCAGAUAGUCUUCAGAUUACUACGCGCUUGUCAGCUAGCAAUACAGCUAGCAAUACAGCUAGCAAUACAGCUAGCCCUUCGCUCUCUGAAACCUCAGAAUUAAGGGGCACCACAUCAAGAGUUACAGCUACCACUGGAUCAGUAUCCGAAGCAUCUUCCUCUUCGCUAUCGCACGUUGGGAUAGAGAGCGGUAGUACCCUAGUAAUUCAGCCAAUGAGCUCUUCACAGAUUGAGAGAACUUUCACAACCUCAUCAGCAGCGACCUCUAGCAUACCUCAAGCCUCUGGUGAAGUUUCUAAACUCUCUUCCAUCCUAAUAUCAAGCAGCCGCUACAAGCCCACUGGUUCCACAUCAGAUGCUACUAGAGCUUCGGGAACAACUGCCUUUUUUUCUAGCUCUAGAAGUUAUACAAUAGCAGCCUCAACCGUGUCUGCUCAAAGCACAAUUUCCACAGGGUCUAUGGGAACCUCAGAAAAUCUCAUUUCAACUGUCUCGUCGCCAUCAAGCUCAUUUGAAGCUAGCGUUAAGUUGACAUCCAUUUCUCACGGAAGCUCACAAAGCUUAACUCGCCUUCAUUCAAGCAAAACUCCCGUGCCGGGAUCUUCCACACCAACUGGCGCCUUGCGCAGCUCCUAUGUUGAAUCUAGUGCCAGCAAUUUCGUCGCUUAUACUACAUCAUCUUCUACUUCACCCGGCCUGCAAACGACGUCAAGCGGGUCUCGGCUGCCUGAAGCCGAGUCCACAAGCACAAAAACUCAAGCAAGCCGCUUUUCGCAAAAUUCACAACAUCCAGAGUCUCUAACCACAGCCUUCCAGCCUAUCAGCUCCCAGUCUGAGAGCUUUGGAAGUGUUCAGCCGUCAAGAACACCAUCCUUGGCAACGGUCUUGGCACCGAGCAGUACUAAUUCAGAGGGCUCUACAAGCAUGGAUUGGCUACCAUCGAAUAUUGUGACUGCAUCCUACACAGGGAGUGCGCAUACGCAAUCAUCUUUCGAUGCUGACGCUACCGCUACACUCCCCCAAGCUAUCAUGCCGCCGACCCCCGUUACAAUGCCACCAAACUAUUCGCAAAUCACCAUAGGGUUCAAAGAGUCAUUGAAUUAUCCGUUUUUGAUCGAAAAUCCGCUUGCUUCUGCUCAGAUUUUUGGGUUCUUGCCAGAGAUAUUGAGGUAUCCUUUUUCUGUGCGGGCUUCUCGCUCAAAUUCAUCUACCAGUAGCGUGAAGCGAGAUUUGGUGGGAGAUUCUGGCAACCUAUUGCUGGAUAAUAGCACGUUGAUUCUGGAUAAACUUAAUUGGAAAACUUCUAUUAUGAACUCUCUCUCUAGCAAUGUGAGUGUAUCUCGAAACGGUAGUCACAACGCAUUCCGGGCAAAUUUUUCCGGAGUUGCCGUGAGUUCAAUAGUACCGUUGAUCGUGUCUGGAAACGAUUACAUCACCUCUGUGGCCGUAGUUUAUUUCCCAACGGAAGCAGUUGAGGUUCUUCAAAAAAUGAUCAUUAACGGCGCAUCGCGCAUUUAUAAGAACCCUGACCAAUCCUUACGGGAUAUGGCACUACUAAUUGACUCCAAAAUCCCAAUAACAGGUAUCAUAAGCAGUGACGGUUCGGGCCAGGGUAGCGGUUCGUCCGGAGGUUCUGGAUCAUCCAGUGGCUCCGAUGGAACGGGUUCAAGUGGCUCAAGUUCGGAGUCGGACUAUGAGGAUGUUAAAAAUGACAAUUCCGGCACCCUUGACGGGUACAAAAAUUUUCAAGUUAAGUUCUUCACUACCAAGAGGCUUGUUAUUUUUCUACCAGUGUUCAUAGUCGCUGUCACAAUGUGGAUUUCACUAGGACUUCUUUUUUUUGGAAGCUUAUUCAGAAAAGGCUCGCUGCAGGGUAUGGCAGGUAAUUUGGAGAAGAAGUGGAAUACUGACCAAAAAACGCUCGAUAAUUACUUUGGAAUCACUGAAUUCAUUGGAAAAAGGCAAUCUGCUGACCUUGAAAAGAAUCUAGCUGGAUCAUUUCAUAAUGAUGAAAGUAGCUCUGACGCUUUUGAUGAUGAUGAUUUACUUGCCGUUGGUAAUGGGAUGUUUUUCAGUAAGAGUACAGGUCUAACUUACCACGUUGAUCGCGAGGGGAAUUUCUUUUAUGCCGGUACUGCAAACAAGGCUGUUCUGCCACUGAAAUCAAAGUCUACUUCCAAACUUGAAGCUUCAAAUAUGGUUCCCAAUGGAGAAUCUGACCCUAAAAAUGAGGCAAACGAAGCAAACGAAGCAAAAGAAGAAGGCGAAGAAAACGAAGAAAGAAAAGAAAACGAAGAAAAGCCUUGCUCAAACGGUGAAUUCCGGGACGAUGCAGAAGUCGAGGAAUUUGAUGUUGAUGAGGAUGGAAAUGUUGAGCUCUCAGUUUCAGACCUGGAACGUUUAUCCCUUGACGAACACAAUUCAGACACAAUUGAAAGUUACAACAACCAGCAGUAUUACAAGAUGAAGCAGCUGCUUCAAAAUUUAAACAAUGAUGACAUCGAGGGCGCUUUUAGCACAGAAAAUGAGGGUGCUGCUGGAAACAUUUCCAGUACUGGAAACGAGUCCAAACUUAUGCCACUUUCAAGCGAGAGCUCGAAGUUACUUGUGCAGCUAUCAACAGAUGAUGAUAAUUUGGAGGAGUACUUUUACAGCGAAGAAGCUCAACUUGAGGGGAUUGGCAAAACAACUAGUCCACAGCCAGAGCCCGAAUCGGAAGAUAAUGAUGAUGUUGAAGAUUUUAAUAUCGAUUCGGAUUCAGAAGAGGAAGGUGAAGAUGUGAAUGAUGUCCACGUUGGAGAAUUUGAUGAGUUAGAUGAAGUGAUGUAUCGCCGCUUUUCUAGCGCCAGCGGUUUGACGAGAUUCCAGGGGGGGAGCUCAAGUUCCAACACCUUCAUAAGCUUGAUGCAGCAACGUAAUUCAAACAUGCUGCCUUUUAGCACUCACGCAUUGGGCUCAACAUCUUCGGAGGGCUACCACGAAAUAACAGCUUCUGAUGGACUACAAACUGACUCCUCAAAUUUUGCGAGUCAAAGCAGCCCCGAAGACCCCGUCGAAUUGCUUGGCAGCAAGCCCCCAAUGUCUGCGUCGCAUACGAAGUCUGCACCCAAGAGACCCAAUAGGCCAUCAUCCAUAAUUAGCCUGGAGAAAGAUAGCAUCAUAGGACAAGCGCAUUCGAAAGCAGCGUUGAACACAGUCAGGAGACCAAAAAUACAACCGCAUCAAAAACCCUCAAAUCCUCGAGAGACGGCUGGUCCGCCUUCGAGACAUGAAACGAUUGCUGUUGAAAGAACUCAAAAUAUAAAGAUAUCGAAAAAGGAAAAGUCGAGAAGGUCAAGCUUCCGGAAAUCUGUGGCAGAGACACUUCAUAGUGCAAACGUAUUCAGCGGGAGUACUCGCGGAAGGUCAUCAACUUUGAACGACGUCGGUCCACGAGGCCACACUCGAGAAGAGCUUAAUAAGAUCAGAAUUUCAGGACCUAUCUAUUCGGAAAAUUCUCUCGGAUGA